AAGACUGUCAAGUGUUUUCAAAACAUUCAUAUUUGACAAUUAUGUCAAAUUUAGUAGGCAAAAUUUCAAUUUUCAAAAAUUUAAUUAAUAUCUAUCUGUCCAGAGCAAAGAUAUAUAUUGAGUAAUAUUUUUGGUCCAGAGACAGUUAUCUCUGCUCUGCUCCUAAACUACAAGCUUGCCGAAGUUGAGAAUGGUACCAAUCGAUUUUUCAUGAAAAACUGCAUAUGUAAAAAAAAUUACCGUCAAAAUUGGUCACUGUCCGUAAAGUAAUGAGGAAAAAACUGAAUGUGAUUGAAUGAAAUAGUAUUAGUGAAAAAAGAAGAGGUGCAUAUUGCCUAUGAUGAGUGAAUAUACAUAAUACAUAACCAAAAUGGAAGAAAGUAAAUCGAAUUCCUUAUUUGGAGAAGUCUAUGAAAACCAGUGUUCAUUUGCCUCUUUUACAAAAGAAAUGCCACAAGUAGAUAAAGCGAUUAAUAACUCUGAACCGGCUCACUUACAGGAGUAUGAUUUCCAUAAAAGUGGUGGUCUAGCUGACAGACAUUGUGAAGAAGGGUUUCAUAUAACCAAUGAUGAUGUGAAGUUGGAAAAAGUAGGAAAAAUUGAUGUAUUUGAACAAUUUAUAGAUGAUGAAGAAGUUCACGAAAAAGCAGAAUAUAAAGUCAAUAUUGAAGAAAGUACCUUCAAUUGUUCAGUUACAGAAGUUAAUGCUAAUCAAUUAUGUUCUGCCCCUUUCAAGGAAGAAAUAUUAAAUCCCCCAAUGAUUAAUUCAUCCCCUACAUUAGAUCAGCAGAUGAAUGACUCUGAACCAACUGACUUAAAACAAUAUAUAUGCCAUAAAAGUCACAUUGGGGAUUAUUCUGUAGAAUAUUAUAUCGAAGAACACAUUCAAAAUGAAAACACUUCUAGUCUUGAAAGCAACCAAGAAGUUCCCAUAAAAUUUGUUAUUUUGAAUACCAAAAAAUACAAGUGUGACCUAUGUGAGUUUGUUACCAAUAAAAAAGACUACCUUGAAAAGCAUGUUGAUGAUGUUCAUUUAAAUAUGAAACACAAGCGUCAAAUAUGCAGAUUCGUUUCAACUGGAAAAUAUUACAUCAAGGAACAUAUGGAGGUUAUCAGAGAAUACGAGUGUGACCUCUGUGAUUUUGGUUCCGAUGAUAAUUCAAAACUUCAAAGGCACAUAAAAUCUUCACACUUGAAAAGGCAGGAAUAUAAAUGUCAUUUAUGUGAAUUUAUUACAAGUGUAAAAAGUUCUCUUCGGAGGCAUGUAGUCUAUGUCCAUUCAAAUAUCAAGAAACACAAGUGUGACUCAUGCAGCUAUGAAACAAGUAUAAAAAAUGACCUUCGAAAGCACAUCGACUCCGUUCAUUUAAAUAUCAGGAAACACAAGUGUCCCUUUUGUGACUAUGCUGCAACUUAUAAUAAAACCCUUCAAAUGCACAUAAAAACUAUUCAUUUAAAAAUUAAGGAACACAAGUGCCAUCUGUGUGACUAUGCUACAAAUUUAAAAGCAAACCUUCAAACACAUAUCGAUUCUGUUCAUUUGAAAAUGAAAAAUCAGGAGUGUCACCUAUGUGAUUUUGUUACAUAUAGAAGAGAGGUCCUUAAAAGGCAUGUAAACUCCGUUCAUUUAAAUAUCAAGAAACACAAAUGUCACUCGUGUGAUUUUGCUGCGAAUCAGAAACAUACACUCAGUAGGCACAUAAAAUCGGUCCAUUUAAAAAUUAAUGACCACAAAUGUCGACUAUGCGAGUAUAAGACAAAUAAGAAAGAUAACCUGAAAAGACAUAUGAAUUCUGUUCAUAAAUAUCAAGAAACACAAGUGCCACCACUAUUUGUGAAUGUCUAUGAUGAAAACUUUUGCCUCUCUUACAAAAGAAAUUUCACUUUGAUAAAUAAUAAAAUAAUUCUGAACUGUCUCACUUGGAGUAGUAUGAAUGAAUUCCAUGAGAGUAGCAUAGGUGAUAGGCACUGUGAAGAAGGUUUUAAAAUAACCGAUAAUGAUACAAAGUUGGAAGAAAAAUUAAGAAUUGACGUAAUUGAACAAUUCAUAGAUGAACAAGGAGUUCAUGAAAGAAAAGAAUAUAUAAUAAAGAAUGAAGAAAGUACAUUAAUUUGCUCAGUUCCAGAGGAUAAUGCCAAUCAAUUAUUAUCUGCCUCUCUUGAGAAGGAAUUGCCUGAAAUAUUUGAUUCACCGAUGAUUAAUUCAUCCACUGCAUUAAAUCCACUGUUAAAUAACUCUGUACCAACUCUCUUAGAGCAAAGUUGUACAAGUCACAUGGCAGAUUAUCCUUUCAGUGAUAAAAAUUAUCCAGAAGAACACAAACAAAAAAAUUAUGCUUCUGGUCUUGAAGAUCCCGAAGAAGUUCCUAUAAAAUUUGUUCUUAUGAAUAUUGGGGAACACAAGUGUAACUUAUGCGAGUAUGUUACAAAUAGAAAAGGCAACCUUAAAAACCAUGUUGAUGGUGUGCAUUCAAAUACCAAGAAAUACGAGUGUCAUCUAUGUGAACAUGUUGCAACUAGAAUACAGAACAUAAGGAGACAUAUCAACACUGUUCAUUAUUUGAAUAACAAAAACCACAAGUGUGACCUCUGUAAAUUUGCCUCUAAUGAUUCUUCGAAACUUCAAAAACACAUCAAAUCUGUUCAUUUGAAAAUUAAGGAACAUAAAUGUCAACUAUGUGACUAUGAUACAAGUGAAAAAGGUGCUCUUCAGAGGCAUGUGGACUUUGUGCAUUUAAAUAUAAAGAAACACAGGUGCCACAUAUGUGACUAUGCUGCAAUUAGACAAAAUGACCUUCAAAAGCAUAUAGACUGCGUUCAUUUAAAUAUCAGGAAACACUUGUGUCACUUAUGUGACUAUGCCGGAAGUAAUAAUGAAACCCUUCAAAUACACAUAAAAUCUACUCAUUUAAAAAUUAAGGAACACAAGUGUCAUCUAUGUGAUUAUGCUACAAAUUCAAAAACCAACCUCCAAACACACAUCAAUUCUGUUCAUUUAAAUAUAAAAAAUCAGAAGUGUGAGUUUUGUGAUUAUGUUACAUAUCGAAAAGACGCCCUCAAGAUACAUAAAGACUCUGUUCAUUUAAAUAUGAGGACACACAAAUGUCACUUAUGUGAAUUUGCUGCAAAUGUGAAACGUACACUUAAUAUGCACAUAAAAUCGGUCCAUUUAAAAAUUAAUGAUCACAAAUGUCGACUGUGCGAGUAUAAGACAAAUAAGAAAGAUAACCUGAAGAGGCAUGUGAAUUCUCUUCAUAAACAUCAAGAAAUACAAGUGCCACCUACGUGAAUUUAUUGUGAGAAUAGUAAACACGUGAAAACUGUUCAUUCGAAAAUUGUUGAUAAGAAAAAGGGUGGAUCAGAAAAUUAUGUUGGCUAUGUGCCUGAUAUAAAUUUUUUCAAAAUCAAAUGUUCGAAAAAUCCUAUGUAUUAUAAUUUUCAAUAAAGGUUAAAUGUUU